AUGACUGGAGCUGCGAAAAUCCUCUCCGCUCGCACCGGCCGCUUGUUGGCUGCGCGACCAUUCUCGUCAUCUGCGCGGCGAAUGGCCGAUGUUGCGCCUCUGCCCGCACGGAAGCCGAUGGGGGCAUUCCGGGGAGGCGCUUUUGGCUUUCUGUUCGGUUGCGUCUUGUCCGGCGGCGCCGUCUACAAUUAUCUACUCCAGGAGUACAAGGCAUCCAACGACCUUUUGACCGAGGACAUCUACACGCUGCAAGCUUCGGUUACCCGCCUCAGCAAUUAUGUCAGGAAUCUCGAGGAAAAGGCGCAGGGGAAAAAAUAG